GGCGCGAGGGCCGUCGCCGUCGCGGUCGUGCACUGCGCUCCGGCUCCGGCGUGGAAGCUCUUCGCCUCCUCCUGCUGCGACCUCCUCGGUCCUCACCAUCCAACGCCCGCUCCUCCAAAGCACCCGGGUCGCAUUAUUUUAGGGUGGGGCGGGAGGGCCUUGGAUUUGGGGGUGUGAGGGUGGGCGGGGAGAAGGACCCGGAGGGGGAAAGGACUCUCCCAGGGAUUCGGUGAGAGACUAUGGGGAAGGACCAGGAGCUGCUGGAAGCUGCUCGCACUGGCAAUGUGGCUCUGGUGGAGAAACUCCUGUCUGGCAGGAAAGGAGGGAUCUUGGGCGGUGGAUCCGGACCCCUGCCCCUGUCUAAUCUGCUCAGCAUCUGGCGAGGCCCCAAUGUGAACUGCACAGACAGUUCGGGUUACACUGCUUUACACCAUGCGGCCUUAAAUGGACAUAAAGAAAUUGUUGUCAAACUACUUCAAUAUGAGGCAUCUACAAACGUAGCAGACAACAAAGGCUAUUUUCCCAUUCACCUGGCUGCCUGGAAGGGAGAUGAGGAAAUUGUGAAGAUUCUUAUUCAUCACGGACCAUCACACUCCCGAGUCAAUGAACAGAACAACGAAAAUGAAACUGCCCUGCACUGCGCGGCUCAGUACGGACACUCGGAGGUGGUCGCUGUCCUCCUGGAGGAGCUCACUGACCCCACCAUCAGGAACAGCAAGCUGGAGACACCCCUGGACCUGGCGGCACUCUACGGACGGCUUCGCGUGGUCAAGAUGAUCAUCAGCGCACACCCUAACUUGAUGAGCUGCAACACUCGCAAGCACACGCCGCUGCACCUGGCUGCCCGCAACGGCCACAAAGCGGUCGUUCAGGUGCUGUUGGAAGCGGGGAUGGAUGUGAGCUGUCAGACAGAAAAGGGGAGUGCCCUUCAUGAAGCAGCUUUGUUUGGAAAGGUGGACGUUGUGCGGGUUCUGUUAGAAACAGGAAUUGAUGCCAACAUAAAGGAUAGCUUAGGGAGAACUGUCUUAGAUGUUCUGAAAGAACAUCCAUCUCAGAAAUCUCUCCAGAUUGCGACACUCCUACAAGAAUAUUUAGAAGGCGUGGGAAGACCAACUGUCCUUGAAGAACAUGUACCAGAAGACACAACGCAGGAAACACACAUUUCAUCUCCUCUGGAGUCUCUUCUUGAGUCUCCUUCCCAAAUUACCAAGAAUGAAACUGUGACUGGAGAAUUAUCAAAACUCUUGGAUGAAAUAAAACUCUGUCAAGAAAAGGACUACUCUUUUGAAGAUUUGUGCCACACAAUAUCAGACCACUACUUAGAUAAUCUGAGCAAGAUUUCAGAGGAAGAACUUGGGAAAAAUGGAAGCCAGAGUGUAAGAACUUCAUCUACAAUAAAUUUGUCACCAGGAGAAGUGGAAGAAGAGGAUGAUGAUGAAAACAGCUGCGGGCCCUCGGGACUCUGGGAGGCGCUGACCCCCUGUAACGGAUGCAGGAACCUCGGCUUCCCCAUUCUGGCACAGGAAUCCUAUCCAAAGAAGAGGAAUUACACUAUGGAAAUUUUACCAUCUGCUUCUCUGGAUACAUUUCCUUCAGAAAACGAGAACUUCCUGUGUGAUCUCGCGGACACAGCAGUUACAAAGAAACCUUGCUCCUUAGAAAUCGCAAGAGCCCCUUCCCCAAGAACUGAUAAUGCCUCUGAGGUGGCAAUUACUGCUCCAGGAACUAGUAACCAUAGAAACAGCUCCACAGGCCCUACACCUGACUGCUCACCUCCAUCCCCCGACACUGCCCUCAAAAACAUUGUAAAAGUCAUUCGACCCCAGCCUAAACAACGAACCUCUAUUGUGUCUUCUCUGGAUUGUCAUCGAACGAAUCACAACCAAGAAUAUUUUGAAAUCAACACAUCUACAGGGUGUACCAGCUUUGCUUCCAGCCCUCCUGUUAGUCCACCCACCUCUUCUGUGGGCACCACAGAGGUCAAGAACGAGGGAACUGGCCGUGCAGAUGACCUCUCUCAACGGGAGGACAGUGACCCCCCCAAAGAAUAUGAUCCUGGGCAAUUCGCAGGCCUUCUCCAUGGAUCCUCUCCAGCCUGUGAGUCUCCUGAAAAUCCAUUUCAUCUCUAUGGGAAAAGAGAUGAACGUGAAAGACAAGAUGAAGUCAGUUUGGCAAACAGUCCUUUGCCUUUCAAGCAGUCUCCAAUAGAAAAUAACUCAGAACCUUUGGUAAAGAAAAUUAAACCCAAAGUGGUCAGUAGGACAAUUUUUCACAAAAAAACCAACCAAGUCGAAAACCAUACCAUUGUUGGUACAAGGACAAGUAGGAGUGGAUCCCGGAGUGGGGACCAAUGGAUUGUGAACACAGGGGGAUUUGUGGAAAGGGCCUGUACCCUGGGGAGAAUAAGGUCAUUGCCAAAAGCCUUGAUUGACAUGCAUUUGUCAAAAAAUGUGUCUAAAUCAGAUUCUGAUCUCAUUGCCUACCCUUCAAAUGAGAAAACAUCAAGAGUUAACUGGAGUGAAUCUUCAACAGCUGAACAGAGUUCUAAAGGGAAUUCUGAAAGAACGCCAUCCUUCACUUCUGAAUGGGAAGAAAUUGACAAAAUAAUGAGCUCGAUAGAUGUUGGAAUUAACAGUGAACUCAAAGAAAUGAAUGGUGAGACCACAAGACCCAGAUGCCCUGUCCAAACAGUGGGACAAUGGUUGGAAAGCAUUGGGCUACCUCAGUACGAGAACCACCUGAUGGCUAAUGGAUUUGACAAUGUGCAGUUUAUGGGAAGCAAUGUCAUGGAAGAUCAGGAUUUAUUGGAAAUUGGAAUCCUUAAUUCUGGGCAUAGACAAAGAAUUCUCCAGGCAAUCCAGCUCCUUCCAAAGAUGAGACCCAUCGGCCAUGACGGCUACCAUCCCACCUCCGUCGCGGAGUGGCUGGAUUCCAUUGAACUAGGUGACUACACCAAAGCCUUUCUCAUCAACGGCUACACAUCGAUGGACCUGUUGAAAAAAAUCUGGGAGGUUGAACUGAUUAAUGUUUUAAAAAUCAAUUUGAUUGGCCACAGGAAACGUAUUUUGGCAUCUCUGGGAGACAGGCUGCACGAGGAUCCACCACAGAAGCCCCCUCGGUCCAUUACCCUCAGGGAACCCAGUGGUAAUCACACUCCUCCUCAGUUGUCUCCAUCACUUAGCCAAAGCACUUACACCACUGGUGGCUCCCUAGACGUUCCUCACAUUAUCAUGCAGGGCGAUGCAAGGAGGAGAAGAAAUGAAAACUACUUUGAUGAUAUUCCCCGAUCAAAACUGGAGAGGCAGAUGGCCCAGCAGUCGUCUGUCUGUGAGAUAUGGACCAAUCAGAACGCUGGAUUUCCUUUCUCAGCCAUCCACCAGGUUCAUAAUACAGGAGACUGGGGAGAGCCUUCCAUCACCUUGCGGCCCCCAAACGAAGCCACGGCCUCCACCCCAGUCCAGUACUGGCAGCACCACCCGGAGAAGCUCAUCUUCCAGUCGUGCGACUACAAGGCCUUUUAUUUAGGUUCUAUGCUGAUAAAAGAGCUCAGGGGGACAGAAUCAACCCAAGAUGCUUGUGCAAAAAUGCGGGCCAACUGUCAGAAGUCUACAGAGCAAAUGAAGAAGGUCCCUACUAUUAUCCUUUCGGUCUCGUAUAAAGGAGUCAAAUUUAUUGAUGCAACAAAUAAGAACAUAAUUGCCGAGCACGAAAUCCGUAAUAUCUCCUGCGCCGCCCAGGACCCAGAAGACCUCUCAACGUUUGCGUACAUCACAAAAGACCUGAAGUCCAACCACCACUACUGCCACGUGUUUACUGCCUUUGACGUGAACCUAGCCUACGAGAUCAUCCUGACACUGGGACAGGCAUUUGAAGUCGCUUACCAGCUGGCACUCCAAGCCAGGAAAGGGGGGCAUUCCUCCACCCUCCCAGAGAGCUUUGAAAACAAACCCUCCAAGCCCAUCCCCAAGCCCCGCGUUAGCAUUCGCAAGUCAGUGCCUUUCUCUUUUAAAGCAGAUCGACCCAUCUGAGCAGAAGACUCUGGCCAACCUGCCGUGGAUCGUGGAGCCGGGACAGGAAGCCAAGAGGGGAAUUAACACCAAGUAUGAGACCACGAUUUUCUGAUACUCACCGUCCUCCCACCCUCGUGGUGCCUUGCACGCCGCCGAGAAGUCCAGAGCAGGCUUUCCUUCCCGCCUCCGUUUCCACCGGGCCCAGGAGGGAGACUGCUCUGUUUGCGUGGCCUUGUCGUAGGCGACAGGCCGCUGGCCGUUCCUGGGGACGUUCUUUCUGCACCAGUGACAGAAAGCGCAACCGAGACUUUGCAGCCGUCAACCCUGACAGGCACGAGUUGAGAUUUCCACUGACUCCAGACUCCCCUCCCUGCUGCCACCCCAGGUAUUUCUGGUGACCUGGCCCCAACAUUUGCUUUGCUGUGGCUGGGGAUAACACCUUAAAAAAAAA